UUGUCAUAGCAGCAUCCGCCAGAGUCGAAGAGAGGGGUGGGUCCGGGCGGAGCGCGGCUUCUGCGGAGGACAAGGGACGCUCUCCUCCUGCAGGUCUGCCUUCUACCAAAAUGAGCGGCCUGGACGAGGGCAGCGAUCUUGCUGCCGCUCAAGACUGCGGCCAAACUACUGCCGAGCCUGCCCCGGGACAUCCGGACCUCAACCAGUGCCAGGGCGAGGAAACCGAGGCGACGCCGGUGAUGGCGGACACAGGUGAGGGCAGUUUGGAGACCGCCGCGGAGGGAGGCGCACCCCAGAACCCGGCUAGUUGUGCCCCGGUGCUCCGCGUUCGCAUUUUUGGGAGUCGCGGCCGUGUAGCGACCAGAUCGGGUCAGAGAGAGGUUCUGCUCCCCACGGAAGGCUCGGCAGCCGCCCCUGCCUCAGCCUCCGCCGCGGUGGCGACCGACAAUAGCCAGGAAAAUGGCUGUCAGCCUAGAGAGCCGCAGGGCCCUGCUGGGGAGAAAGCUCUAGAAGCCUGUGGCGCAGGGGGGCUGGGGUCUCAGAUGAUGCCUGGGGCGAAGGCCAAGGACAUGACGACCAAAAAGUGCGCCGCUUCAGCGGCUGCGGGAAAGGAGGGGGGAGCAGAGGAGGUGGUGGAGGAAAAGAAGGCGAUGCAGAAGGAGAAGAAGGUGGGAGGAGGACUGAAAGAGGAGGCCCGGGGCAAGGCCCCGAAGAUCAGUAACUGCAUGGAUUCGCUGGAGGCCAUCGAUCAGGAGCUGUCCAACGUAAAUGCCCAGGCCGACAGGGCCUUCCUUCAGCUGGAGCGCAAGUUUGGCCGCAUGCGAAGGCUUCAUAUGCAGCGCAGAAGUUUCAUUAUCCAGAAUAUCCCAGGUUUCUGGGUCACGGCCUUUCGGAACCACCCCCAGCUGUCACCUAUGAUCAGUGGCCAAGAUGAAGACAUGAUGAGGUACAUGAUCAAUUUGGAGGUGGAGGAGCUCAAACACCCAAGAGCCGGCUGCAAAUUCAAGUUCAUCUUUCAGAGCAACCCCUACUUCCGAAACGAGGGGCUUGUCAAAGAAUAUGAGCGCCGAUCCUCCGGAAGGGUGGUGUCUCUUUCCACUCCAAUCCGCUGGCACAGGGGCCAAGACCCCCAGUCCCAUAUCCACAGGAACCGGGAAGGAAACACUAUCCCCAGUUUCUUUAACUGGUUCUCAGACCACAGCCUCCUAGAAUUCGACAGGAUUGCCGAGAUUAUCAAAGCAGAACUGUGGCCCAAUCCCCUACAGUACUACCUGAUGGGUGAAGGGCCUCGCCGUGGAAUCCGAGACCCAGCAAGGCAGCCAGUGGAGAGCCCCAGGUCCUUCAGGUUCCAGUCUGGCUAACUGAUGACAUUGUGAGAAGCUCCAGCACAAGUCUCCUGGCCACCUCCCUUUGAACCUAUGCUUAGCCAACAGCAUGCAGUCUGCUAUGUGCUUUCUCUUCACACUGGACUAUUUUAUCCUUUGGUUCUUCUAAAUCUCCAACAGUCAGUUGCAAGGUUGACUCUUACAUGCUUGUGUUCUUCUUCCUCUGGACCUUUAUGCUCUUCUGUAUCCUGUUACAUGUUCCAAGUGCAUGGCCUUGUACUGCUUCUAUGCCAAGCACAUGAUGCUGUAGAUAGAUAGGCACUGCCUUCCUUUGCAUGCCUUGGGUCCUGUCUGUGACCAUGGUCUUCUCCGAGUUUUUUAAGUGGUUAUCUACCACAAAGAAGCUUGAAAUACCUUUGCAGAUAACUAGCUGGGCUUCAUACUUUAUGCUGACUGUCCUCCUGAUACCCAUGUACUGUAUGUCAAGUUCUUUGAAUUUCACUGCUGCAAGAUGAAGCUGAUCUAGAUGAUGCCAGCCGUCAACCCAAACUGGACAUUCUGCCUACCACUGACUGGUUCCUAGCUGCCUUCCUGGCCUGUGCCGUCCACCCAGCUUGUUAUGUGGCAGAAUAAGGUGGCUGGUGGGUGGCUACUAGGCAUGAAUGAGGUAACAGAUGAGAGGUGUUCAGUGUUAACUGCAUUAGUCUUCUUUUGCCUUUGGGCACUCUGCUUUGUGAACAGGUACUGACAGCACCAGAGGGGAAAUUUGCUAAGUAUGCAAGCUGAACAUUUGAACCUGAAUAUGAAGAAAGAAUAGACCUGCUUACUGAUGACUUUAGUAUAUGUGGCUUCUAAGAAGAGUAGACUUCAUUAUACAUUUUAGGACUCCGUGAUUCUUGGUUUUCUAUUUUACUCUCCCAGGUAGCAGAAAAGAUCCAUUAAGAAAUCUGGCAUUGUAUAACCAGGUGAGAUCAGAUGACUCUUCUAUUAAAACAAGGAUCUCCAGACUGGGGAUUCAACAAGAGGGAAAGAAUGGCAUCUCUGUUACAAGAAAGUCAUUUCUGGUGCUCUUUGGAAGAAAAGAGAAAAGCAGAUAAAAACGGAAUUCUUAUUUACCACAACAAUAUUCUAUUAAACUCCGUGUAUUAAAUAAACUAUCGUAUCAACCA